CCUACUGAGUUUGACCUGCGAAGGAAGAAUGCUCAAUUUGCUAACGCAGUUCGGUCGGGCAAGAAAGCAGUGAAGCCUUCACACCAGGAGAUGUUGGCGAAAAGAAGUCCUAUCAACCUUUGGGCUCUGGGCGUCAUCCUGUUUGUUGUUAUGGGCGGUGUGUUAUUUGAGCUCGCCAGAUUGGUAUUCCUGUAA